AAAUAUUUGAGCCAUUGCUGUGAGAGGAUGGCAGAAGGACGUGAAAGAAGUUACCAACUAGGCGGCUCAUCUGAUGACAGCUAUCUUGAUAAGAUGCACGUUGAGCCUAUUUAUGAGGCUUUCCGGUGCCCCCUUACAAAGAAAAUAAUGUAUGAUCCGGUUACCAUAGAGAAUGGACAGACAUUCGAGCGAGAGGCAAUUGAGAAUUGGUUCAAGGAAUGCCAGGACAGUGGUCGAAGGCCCUUUUGCCCAAUAACAUUAAAAGAAUUGAAUAGUACUGAUCUAAACCCAAGUAUAGCUCUUCGGAGUACAAUUGGAGAAUGGACUAAAAGAAAUGAAGCCGCUCACCUUGACAUCACUAGCAGAGCACUCACUCCUGGGAAUUCAGAGAGUGAUAUUUUGCAGGCCUUGGAAUACAUUAUCCACUUUUGCCUGAAGAACAGGUGUAACAAGCUUGCUGUUCGAAAUGCAGAACUUAUACCACAAAUUGCGGACAUGUUAAAGAACAGCAGCAAGAAAAUACGAUGUAAAGCAUUGGAAACUCUUCGUAUGGUAGCAGGAUAUAAUUCUGACACUAAGGAAGCUGUGGCUGCAGGGGACACCAUUAGAACAAUUGUAAAGUUCUUACCGCAUGAGCAUUCCCAGGAAAGGGAAGAAGCUAUUUAUCUGUUAUAUGAGCUUUCAAAAUCUGAAACUCUUUGUGAAAAGAUUGGAGGGGUUAAUGGUGCUAUACUUCUCUUGGUUGGGAUCUCAAGCAACCAUUCUGAAAAUAUCAGUUGUGUUGAGAGAGCUGAAAAGACCCUGGAGAAUUUGGAGAAAUGCGAGAAUAAUGUGCGGCAAAUGGCAGAGAAUGGUCGGUUGAAGCCCCUUCUAACACUACUCCUUGAAGGUCCAACUGAGACACAGAUAUCUAUGGCUGCUUAUCUGGGAGAGCUGGUUUUGAGCAAUGAUGUGAAGGUCUUCGUGGCCCAAAGAGCCGGACAUGCCCUGAUCAAUAUCAUGACAAGUGGGACUAUGCAGGCAAGAGAAGCUGCUCUCAAGGCGUUGAACCAGAUCUCAUCACAUGAUGCAAGCGCUAAGAUUCUUAUUGAAGCAGGAAUCCUCCCUCCAGUUGUUACAGACCUUUUUAGAGUUGGUGUAAAUCAGCUUCCAAUGAGGCUAAAAGAGGUCUCUGCAACAGUCCUUGCCAAUAUUGUUGCCUCCGGGGCUGAUUUUGAAGCCAUUCCCGUUGGCCCAAAGCAAGAGACUCUGAUUUCUGAAGACAUUGUCCACAACCUGCUCCAUCUCAGCAGCAACACUGGUCCAGCAAUUGAGUGCAAGCUUCUUCAAAUCCUUGUUGGGCUCACCUCUUCACCUGCAACGGUACCAAAUAUAGUUUCAGCUAUUAAGAGCUCUGGUGCUAUGGUGAGUCUGAUUCAGUUCAUUGAAGCUCCCCAGAGGGAUAUCCGAGCAGCUUCACUAAGGAUUCUAUACAAUAUCUCGUCAUACAUGGGCCAAGAACUUGCUGAAGCCCUCCAAGGUACCGCCGGCCAACUUGGCAGCCUGAUUAAGGUAAUUUUAGAGAAUGAUGGGAUCUCAGAAGAACAAGCAUCUGCUGUCGGUCUUCUUGCUUCCCUUCCUGAGAGGGAUUCCUAUCUUACCAGACGUCUCUUAAAUGAAGGCUCUUUCGACAUUGUCAUUUCUAGAGUGAUCAAGAUACGGCGAGGUGCAACUCGCGGGAAUCGCUUUUUCACUCUUUACCUUGAAGGUCUCGUCGGAAUUCUUUCAAGGCUGACAUACAUUCUGCAGAAUGCUCCUGAGAUCAUUAACCUUGCUCGUGAAUACAAUCUUGCUGCAGUUUUCACUGAUUUGCUUCAGAUGAAUGGCCUUGACAAGGUACAAACACUCUCGGCCAUGGCAUUGGAGAAUUUAUCUGAGCAAUCCAAGCACCUAACAGUGAUACCAGAGAUCAAAGAAUCAGGAAUUUGUUAUUCUAUAUUCCCUUGUUUCAGCAAUCAACCUGAAGUAACUGGCUUGUGCCGAGUCCACCACGGAAUCUGCUCGGUAAGGGACAGCUUCUGUUUGUUGGAAUGUAAAGCCGUCGAUAAACUGGUUGCAUGUUUAGACCAUACAAAUGAGAAGGUGGUGGAAGCUGCAUUGGCUGCACUCUGCACUCUGUUGGAAGAUGGAGUGGACAUUGAUCAAGGUGUGUUUGUACUGUUUGAAGCAGAAGGAAUCAAACCAAUACUCGAAGUUCUGAUCGAGAACCGAACAGAGAUUCUUCGACAACGAUCUGUUUGGGCUGUUGAGAGAAUUCUUCGAACCGAUGAAAUUGCCUCUCAUGUUUCGGGUGAUCAAAGUGUUAGCACAGCUCUUGUAGAUGCAUUUCGCCAUGCUGACUACAGAACUAAGCAGAUUGCAGAGCGUGCUCUCAAGCAUGUAGACAAACUGCCAAACUUCUCUUCAGUAUUUCUUAAAGAUGGGUUAAAAAAGUAAAUACUAUGUUUUAGAUUAACUUUUUUUUUUUUUUAAUUUCCAUUUUGUUUGAUUUCUUUGGAAUGUAGUUCAUUUUGUUCACAAGAUUGUUUCUGAGUGUUGUGGUUGUUGUUUUUUAUUUUUUGUUUCUUGACCUCUUUUAUGUAGAUAUGGAUUAGUUGCAUAUUGCAA